AUGAUGGAGUGGUUAUUUGGUCACAAGAUGACUCCAGAUGAGAUGCUGCGCAAGAAUCAGCGAGCUCUCAACAAGGCCAUGAGAGACCUGGACCGUGAACGAAUGAAAAUGGAACAGCAAGAGAAGAAGGUCAUUGCUGACAUUAAAAAGCUAGCUAAAGAAGGACAAAUGGAUGCUGUUAAAAUCAUGGCAAAAGACUUAGUACGUACCAGACGAUAUGUCCGCAAGUUCAUGCUAAUGAAAGCGAACAUCCAAGCGGUGUCACUGAAGAUACAAACUCUCAAGUCUCAAAGCACCAUGGCGCAGGCGAUGAAGGGAGUCACUCGUGCCAUGGCUACCAUGAACAGACAACUAAACAUGCCACAGAUACAAAAGAUAUUACAGGAGUUUGAAAAGCAGUCUGAAAUUAUGGAUAUGAAGGAGGAGAUGAUGAAUGACUCCAUCGAUGAAGCCAUGGAGGGAGACGAUGAUGAAGAAGAAAGUGACGCCGUCGUGUCACAAAUCUUGGACGAGCUGGGUCUGCAGCUGAACGACACGCUGUCCGGGCUGCCCCAGGCCACUGGAUCUCUCUCUGUUGCCGCGAAGACCCCGGCGUCCCCGACGGCGGUGGCGGGCGGCGCCGGAGCCCCCGUGUCGGACGCGGACGCCGAGCUGCAGGCCCGCCUCGACAACCUGCGCCGCGAGUAGCGCCCACCACCUCCCAACACGAUGCGACAAACGUUACGUCUCAAGCUUCUGUUUUGAAGUCUGCUAUAAUACAUUAACUCUAUGAAAAGUUAGAAAUAGUAUUACACAAGAUUCGUCCUGAUCACAGGAGUGUACUCGCUUAAAUAAAACCGUACUGUUCAAAUUGCUAAUGUGCUUAGGCUCAGAAGCAAAUUUGAGCCCCGUUCGUGGCGGUAUCGCCGCGGCCGGGGGAUCGCGGGGUUCGUGGGGGGCUGGGGACCGGGGGGUCGUGGAGGGCUGCCUCGCAGGACACCUUGUAAAACGACCCUUAACUCCUCGUAUGCAGUUCAGAGUUAACCUGCUGUAUAAAAGCCGGCACCAUCUCCCGGACGACUAAGUUAGCCGGACUAUUUCUUAUGCCUCAGACGGACGAUUUAACUAUAUAUUUAGUUUUUUUCAUGACUCGCAACAAGGCUGCCUCAAGGACAAACAUUCAUUUAGUUCAGUUCAUGAACAUCAAACGAUUUCUAACACCCUGUAUAUACAGGGCUACCAUAUUAUGUACUAGCGACCCGCCCUCGCUUCGCUUCGGAAACUGUAAUUUAUUAUUGAUUUCUCCACUAUUUAAUGGAUGUUAUUAUACAUAUAAACCUUCCUCUUCAAUCACUCUAUCUAUUAAAAAAAACCGCAUCAAAAUCCGUUGCGUGGUUUUCAAGAUUUAAGAAUAUAUAAGGAUAUAGGGACAGAGAAAGCGACUUUAUAUUAUGUAGUGAUGGUAGGUUUUCAAAAAUGUUAAAAUAUGGUUUUAAAUAAAUCAGAGUAGUUGUCGACGCACGGACGAUACAGCGCGUUUUGUGAUAAUAAUUAUGAAUGCUAAACUGUAAUAUUAACGUUGAGUGUUCAUAGUGUAAAUUGUCACUAAACAUAUGAAGGAGUCAUUGAAAAUACUAUUUUAUUAACACACUAAACUAAAUUUCAAAUACAAAAAUGUAUUGUAAAAUAGAACAUCGAAUUGGAAAUAGAUGACAAUAUACAUUUUUAUGUGUCAAUAACAAAAUGAAAAUCGUUUUAAUACAGAGCAUACGAAUGGAGGUAGUUUAACCCUGUUAGUGCUGAGUUUAAUUUCACAUAUUUUGCAGAAAUUGUUGAAUUGGAUUUUAAAAAAAAGUAUUUACUUUAUAAAAAACUUUACUUUA